AUGAUUUAACCAAUUUCUAUUAAUCAUAAGGAAGAAAAAGUGUGGUAUGAUAAGGGUAAUAAAUUGUUAUAUGUCAAAUUUAGGAUCUGCAUUAGCCUAUAUAAAUCAAUUUCAAGAAGCAAUUUAAUGUUUUAACGAAGCCAUUUGUGUUAAUCCUCAUUAUGAUUUAGCUUUGAUUGGCAAGGGUAAUUUAUGUUAAUUGUAAAAUAUUAGGCAAUGCAUUAACUAAAUUGGAGCAAUAUCAAGAUGCAAUUAAUUGUUACACCGAAGCUAUUUAUAUUAAUCCUAAAUCUGAAACUGCAUGGAGUGGCAAAGGUAAUUUAAUGUUCAAUAUUAAAAAUUAGGAUAUGCUUUAGGCAGUUUGAAUCAAUAUAAUGAAGCAAUUGAGUGUUACAAGUAAGCCAUUUCCAUUAACCCUAAAUAUGAUGAUGCAUGGAAUUGGAAUGGUAAAAACUUUGUUUAAUUAUACUAAUUAGGCAUUGCAUUAGACAAAUUGAAUUAAUAUAAAGAAGCAAUUGAAUGUUACGAUGAAGCAAUAUCUAUCAACCCGAAAUCUGAUUAGUUUUGGAAUAAUAAAGGUAACUUAUUUAUAAAUAUUAUUUUAUAGGUAAUACAUUAAGAAAGUUGCAACAAAAUAAAGAAGCAAUAGAAUGUUAUAAUGAAGCAAUAUCUAUUAACCCGAAAUAUG